AUGGACAUCAGGCCGAACCACACCAUCUACAUCAACAACAUCAACGACAAGAUUAAGAAAGAAGAACUGAAGAGGUCCCUGUAUGCGUUAUUCUCGCAGUUUGGUCAUGUGGUCGACAUUGUGGCUUUAAAGACUAUGAAGAUGAGAGGACAGGCUUUUGUUAUAUUUAAAGAACUGGGAUCAUCGACCAAUGCUUUGAGACAACUACAAGGCUUUCCCUUUUAUGGGAAACCAAUGCGUAUCCAGUAUGCAAAAACAGAUUCGGAUAUCAUCUCUAAAAUGCGUGGCACGUUUGCCGAUAAGGAAAAGAGGAAGGAAAAGAAGAAGGCCAAAUCUCUAGAGCAGUCAGCAAAUGCAGCGAACAAAAAGGUUAUCCCGGGAGCAACACAGAAUUCAGCCACUGCCCCAGGGACCGCAACACAGAAUCAGCAGGUGCCUGAUAACCCACCGAACUAUAUCCUUUUCCUUAAUAACUUGCCUGAGGAAACGAAUGAGAUGAUGCUGUCCAUGUUAUUCAAUCAGUUUCCUGGAUUCAAAGAAGUGCGCUUAGUGCCUGGGCGCCACGACAUCGCGUUCGUGGAGUUUGAAAAUGAGAAUCAAGCAGGAGCUGCUCGAGAUGCUCUCCAAGGAUUCAAGAUUACUCCAUCUCAUGCCAUGAAAAUCACUUACGCGAAGAAAUAACCAGACUCUCCUGUAAAGGACUUCUGUGGAUAGUCGUUAUUUUAAUACAACGAUACUUUCAUCAGAGCUAGUGUGUUUGCUGUUCUCUGCAGAAAAAUUAAGGACUG